AUGUGGUCCUUUAUUCGGGAAAUUUUAAGUUACUUCUGCUUUUUCAUUUUACUUUAUACAAUCACUUAUUCAAAUCAAAAUUCUAAUGGAUAUUUUCAAGUUGAUCAUUUACAAAAGUAUUUUUAUAAUUCAAGAGAAAUUAAUUCUGAUUAUUCAAAGAUCUCGACCAUAAAUGAAUAUUGGUUAUGGUUAGAAGAAAGUUUUGUUUCAAAUAUUCGUGCUCAACAAUGGUAUAAUGGUGAUGCACCUCGUUAUUUAAGUGGUUUUACCAAUGAUAAAACAAAUCGAUUCAUUGGAUGGGCAACAAUGAGACAAUUACGUACCAAAUCUCAAUUAUGUCAUGUUAAAAACGAAAUUAUUUCAACAUGUCAAUAUGAUUAUAGUUUAUUCAAUGAAGACAAACAUUCCUAUCAACCAGGAUGGUUAAAUGAAACUAUUAGAACGUAUAGCUUAUCCAUUAGUCAAUCAUUUCAAUACAAAUCAAGUAAAGACUUAGAUACAUAUACUUAUGUUGGUGAUCAUGGAAGUUAUCCCGGUGAUGGUUAUGUUUAUAAAUUUCGAGGUGGUUUAUCUGAUCUUCAAAGUAAUCUAUCUCAACUACACACAUUAGGAUGGAUUAAUAAUCAAACACGAGCUGUGAUUAUUCAAUUUACUUUGUAUAAUCCAAAUGUUCAAUUAUUUACUGCAGUGACAUUUCUCAUGGAAUUUUUAUCGACAGGUGGAGUUUGUCCAUCAGCUCGAGUUGAACCGAUGAGUUUUGACGCAUUCACAUCACCAUUUCAAUUGAUUUGUAUGAUGUUCUAUAUGAUCUUUAUUAUUUAUUUCAUGUGGAUGGAAAUUAAAUCAUUGUUUUCAUUGAAAUGGUCUUAUUUUCAACAGUUUUGGUCUUAUGUUGAAGUAGGUAUGAUUGUAUGUUCAUGGUCAAGUGUUGGAAUUUAUGUUUGGCGAUACAAAGAAUAUAAAAGAAUUAGUUCAUUAUUUGAACAAACUAAUGGAUAUGUUUAUAUUAAUUUACAAUUUGCAAGUUAUAUCAAUGAUAUCUUAACAUAUUUCUAUGGUUUUUGUUGUUUUUUUGGAACAAUUAAACUGCUUCAUCUUUGUCGAUUUAAUGAACGUCUUAUGUUGUUUAGAGAAACACUUAAAUAUGCUGGAAAAGAAUUAAUUUCAUUUUCUAUGAUGUUUUUAAUUGUGUUCUUCGCAUUUAUGUGUCUUUUUAAUUUAUUAUUUGUUUCGAAGAUUUUGGGUUGUUCAAGUUUAUUAGAAACAGCACAGAUGCUGUUUCAAAUGACAUUAUUAAAAUUUGAUGCAACGGAAUUAGUUGGGGCUGCAGCAUUUUUGGGACCAUUUUGUUUUAGUUUAUUUAUUCUUUUGGUUGUUUUCGUCUGUUUAUCAAUGUUUUUAUCGAUUAUUAAUGAUAGUUUUCGACGUGCCCGUGAUGAUAUGAAGAUUGAAAAAAAUCAAGAGAUAUUUUCAUUUAUAUUAAAUAGAUUUCAACAUUGGACAGGUUGGAAAAAAGCAAGUGAAAAAGAAAUUUACCAAGAAAGAAAUGGUUUGAUGCAUUCAGGAUAUAUGAACGGGAUGGAACAUCUUUCUGAAAAACUUGAUCAAAUACUUGAUGCAGUCAAUCGACUUUAUGUCAGUCGACAAGCUGAAUUAACAAGAGCACAGCAAUCUGACAUUUAA